AUGAACAGCGGCAGGCUGCGGCACAUCGAAAAUGCGCUGAACAGCUUCAACUUCAUGUCCCCCCUGGACAUUUACAUGCGCCUGUACUUUAAGGCCAACAGCAUAAAGAGCAAGGACAAGCCCUUCAUCUCGGACCACGUCUACAACAUUAUCCGCAACAAGACGCUCCUCUCGUAUUUGUCUGCCCCCUCCCCGCUCUACACCAGCGUGAUUAAGACGUACUUUGCCUCGGACAGAUGGAAAUACGAAAUGAACAACGAGAAGAUCCCCGCGCACGUGCGGUACUCGUUCCCCAAGGAGCUGUACGAGCAGCUGGUGAACUGCUACGGGGAGAAGAAAAGCCACACGCUCAUGUCGAUCCUCAACGAAAAGGCACCAGUGUUCCUUCGAGUAAACACAAAUAAAAUUUCGCGAAACGAUUUAUAUAAACUUCUAAUGAGCAAAGGAGUGUCCGUAGAGAAGUGUGUCAACUCCCCACAAGGACUCCUACUAACCAAAAGUUAUAUUUUAAAAAAUAAUAACGAGUAUAGAAGGGGGUUCUUCGAAAUGCAAGAUGAAGCUAGCCAAAUAGUGAGCUCGAAAAUACCUGUACAGCCAGGUUACAAGGUAUUAGAUUUCUGUGCAGGCUCGGGGGGAAAAACGUUGGCCUUCUCUCCAAAAAUGGAAAACACAGGAAAGGUGUAUCUACAUGAUGUAAGAGACAAAAUGCUAUCACAAGCGAAGGUCCGCCUGAGGAGAGCAGGCAUUCAAAAUUAUAUUCUUCUACACAGCAACCACAUUUUGCUAAACAAAUUGGUUGGCUGCAUGGACACGGUCAUCGUGGAUGCCCCCUGCACAGGCACAGGUGCCUUAAGGAGGAACCCAGAAAUGAAACACAAAUACACCAAUGGUAGGCUCUACGAAUAUGUAAAUUUGCAGAGGGAGAUUUUCCAGCGGGCUUUACUCUAUUUGAAGAAGAAUGGCAAAAUUGCCUACAUCACUUGUAGCAUCCUUGACGCGGAAAACGUUCAUCAGGCCAAGUACUUUUGUGAAAAGCACAACUUAUUUUUGUCCGAACCUCCUUUCCAUUCCUUGCCCCAGUCGAAGUCCAUGGACGGUUUUUUCCUCGCCAUAUUUGAGCGCCGCGAGUGACACAGUUGCGCAGUAGGGCAGUCACGCAUAAUGGUGCACUUCUCCCUGGGGAGGUCGAACGAACGAAUUCUGCUGUGCCAUUUUGCCAGUCCCCACGAUCGACGCGUAUGUGCCACAGCUUGCCACAUUUUUCUCCAAAUUAGCAGCGAACGCUUCCCCUUCUGCAUAUGUAGCGCCAACCUCUUUUUUUUUUCCCCCGCCGCGCAUUUUCCCCGUCACUUGGGGAUAUUUCGAAGCGGCCAUCCGUUCAGCUUCCCCCCCUUGGGAAUAUACCCCCAGAACAGUCAAACUCGCUCACAACUCGUACGUAUGAUUAUAUAACACCGCUCUCCACUUUGGUGAGUCGUUCACCCCUGUUCAGGC